UUUUUAAAUUUAUUUUUCUUGUCAGGAAUACGGAAAACAUAAAAGGGAAACUGGAAGGAAAAGGAGCCAGGAAUUAAUUCCCUGAAGAGAUUCUUGCUCCUCCCCCUUCUCUUAGCGGCCAGGCACAGCGUUGCUUAUCUUCUCUUCUUUUGCCGUUUCUGCCCUUUGUUGACAGUGUGCCCCUGCAUCCUGUCCACAGGCUCUUAUCCUCACGUUUGCCUGAAGACUUCGUAUUACCGUGGGUUGGCUUCGGUGGGUAGCUCAGGGUGAUAAGGAACACUUGUGGAGAAGUGGCGGUGAGAUUUAAAUGACAGGAAAGCAGCAGCCACAUCUGUUGGCUUUGGACAGAGAGAAAACUGGGCUUGUCUCCAGCAGCCAGGCAGGAGGAAUCCUGGAGUCUGUCAGAGGUCUCUGGAUGGCAGACGGAAAAGAAAUGCAGUUUUAAGAGAAUCUCAGAAUCUCAAGGGCUGGAAGGGACCUCAAAAGAUCAUCUAGUCCAACCCCCCUGUCAGAGCAGGACCACUUACAGUAGGUCACACAGGAACUCGUCCAGAUACCAAAGAUGAUGACUAGAAAGAUUAAGCUUUGGGACAUUAAUGUCCAUAUAACCUGUCAUUUAUGCAAUGGAUACCUGAUUGAUGCCACCACUGUAACAGAAUGCUUACAUACUUUCUGUAGAAGCUGCUUGGUGAAGUAUUUGGAGGAAAACAACACCUGUCCAACAUGUCGGAUUGUUAUACAUCAGAGCCAUCCAUUACAGUAUAUUGGUCAUGAUAGAACAAUGCAAGAUAUUGUUUACAAACUUGUUCCAGGCCUCCAAGAAGCGGAAAUGAAAAAGCAGAGGGAAUUCUAUCACAAACUGGGUAUGGAAGUACCAGGGGACAUCAAAGGAGAGACAUGCUCUGCAAAGCAGCAUCUAGAUUCACAUCGCAAUGGUGAAACUAAACCAGAUGAAUAUUCAAAUAAAGAAACUUCUGAAGAAAAACAGGAAGAUAAUGACUAUCAUCGAAGUGAUGAACAGGUAAGCAUCUGCUUGGAAUGCAAUAGCAGCAAAUUACGUGGAUUGAAACGAAAAUGGAUCCGCUGCUCGGCACAAGCAACAGUCUUGCAUCUAAAGAAGUUCAUUGCUAAAAAACUUAAUCUUUCUUCUUUUAAUGAGCUGGAUAUAUUAUGCAAUGAAGAGAUUCUUGGCAAGGACCACACACUCAAGUUUGUAGUUGUUACUAGAUGGAGAUUUAAGAAAGCACCUCUACUGCUACAUUACAGACCCAAAAUGGACUUGCUAUAGGAGAAUUUAUUGUCCUUCUGGACAGAUUUUUUUUCAGUGACUAUCAUCUGGCACCUUAGUGCAGCACUUAUGUCUCAUGUGACACGAACCAGCAGAAUAAUUUUGGAACGUUGUAGUACUUCUAUAGCAGACUGUCCUGAAUAUUUCCAGGGAUGUGCUGCAUGGAUUUUUGGACAAAAAAAAUAUUUUUCUACAAAUGAAAUAAACCACAAUUCAACAGAAUUCUACCAGCACUGAGUUUACAGGUAGUAGAAACACCUCAUAGUUCUAUGGAGCUCAGCCUUAUAGCUACACAGAAAUAAGUUAAAAUGUUGUGGGAGAGAUUUAAAAUGUUGCUUUUAACACCAAAUGAAUACAUUUACUUUUUUUUUGGUCUUUAAACUUUACAACUUGUUUCCGUAUGUUUUUCUGAGAUGUUCUUGUUUUAUGUAGCAUGCCCAAUUAUGUCAGCUUUAAUCAAGCCAUUCUAAUAGAGCACUGAAUAUACCUAAUGAUACACUGACUGGUGAUAUUUAUUAUGCUGCAUUAAAAACUUCCUAAAAGCCCAGAGAUCCAAUUACUUCAUUAGUUAAUGAUUU